AUGAGCGUCACCGACGCCCUCAACGCUGCUGUGCCCGGUCUGCAAGCUGCCUUCGCCGUAUUAAACAAGACAUACACCACCAUCGAGAAUAUCAAGAUCCAUAGGCAACAAUGCUUCGAUAUGAGCGACAGAUGCAAGACAUUGCUGUUGGCGCUCCGUGACGGAACGAAUGGGUUAGAAGGCAACGAAAUAACCGAACUGAUUGACGAGGUCGAUGGCAUUAUCGAACGGAUCGAUACGAGGCUGGUGAGAUGGUCGCAAUUGAGCCAUUUGAAGAGCUUCCUCCAGCAGAGCGAAAUUAAGCUCGGGAUAGAGAAGUCCCAGAGGGAUAUAGACAUGGUCAUGAUGAAAUUCAGCGCACAGACUAGCUUGCACCUCCGUAGAGCACAGCGGGACCUCGCUGCAAUCCAGGAAAGAGAUCGCGCAGAGCUUCGAGAACUCUUGCAGCAGAUUAUCCAGAACACUGACGACGUCAAGGAUUUGCUCGGAAAUUCUCCGGAAGGCGUCGACCAGAUGAUGGGGGCACUGCAGCAGGCGACGAAUAUAUUGACGAUGCUUUUACAGGAACUCCUCAACCCCAAUCUCGCACCCUCCGAAGAGCGCACAUUUAUCGAUGGGUUGUGGACUCUCCACGAGCAAACGUCGAAGCUCCCGCCGCUAGUGGACCUGACUGGCCAGGUUCGGAGGGACAGCACGCGUGCAGUCGCGAUGGGGACGUUCAAUGAUAUCUUCAUGGGUACAUGGCUUGACAAGGAAAAGGUCGCCCUUAGGCUCCCAAGAUCGGUGGGGAAUACCCACAAUAUCGUCAGACGAUUCCAAAGAGAGGUCGAAAUCUGGCGGCGACUUCGCCACCCAAACAUUGUCCAUUUCCUUGGGAUAGCUUAUAUCGAAGAUCAGUUGAUGAUGGUCAGUACGUGGAUGGACAACGGCACCUCGACGGAGUACGUUGAUAAAUAUCCGAAUGUUAAUCGAUUGCAACUUUUGUAUGAUGUUGCAACUGGUCUGGAAUAUCUUCAUAGUCAGCGCAUGGUACAUGGCGAUCUUCGAGGCAGCAACGUCUUGAUAUCGAAGCAAGGAGUGGCCUCCCUUUCAGAUUUUGGUUUGUCCAAACUCCUUGAAGAUAUUGGCCAGGGGAUGACAGCUUCAUCUGCCGACGCAACAAGCCCACGCUGGGCAGCCCCAGAGCUAAUGAAGCAUUCCAAACCAGCUUCUACAUCAUCCGACGUAUGGUCCUUCGCAAUGUUUGCCUUGGAACUCAUGACUGGCGCCAAACCUUUCGCAUAUCUACCGCGAGAUUUAAUGGUCAUUCGUGAAUUGGACCAGGGGAGGCUACCAGAAAGGCCAGGUCCUGAGGUUACGCAAAGGGGCUUGGACAACGACCUAUGGGCUCUCCUGCGUAAAUGCUGGAGCAAAAAGCCUGAUUCUCGACCGUCAAUGACCACGGUACGGAUGAAGCUUGCUGAUAUUCGCGGUAUUCGAUAUGAGCCUCUGCCUUCCUCAUUGCCCUCCUCCUCCUCUUCCCAGCCUUCCCCACCUUCAGUAAACCGUAGACCAUCGCUUUUCGGAAGCUCUCGACCUUCCACUUCUAGCAGCGAGCAUAGCACCAGCUCUACGCCGAGCCGAAGGAUCCGCAUACCGUUCCUAUCAUCACCAAGGCAAGACACCGAGAAAAUCAUCGAAGAACCGUCCGAAUUUUCGCCACAGGAUGAGCUUUCGCCUUUAUCUGUCCUGCCAGCUCAAGGCGAAAUUCAGCGCAAGCAAUCUGGGGGAGAAGGCGGUGCUCUAAGGUUGUUCGUGACUUCGCCAUCCACGUCUUCCUUGCGAACUAUGAGUAGUGGUAAGCGACGGUCCUCGGCGUCGUCGUCGGCACCAAGCAUCCCUCCCCCCACAUCGGCCUCCCUUCCAACUGAUUUCGGGUCACAUAUGCCAUUACGGAGAGGGUCAGAUGGAGGAGCAUCCCCUUCACCUGAUCUUAGUGCUACGUGGUCAGACUCAGGUUCGGAUUCAAGCCUCGUCCGCCGAGCUAUCAGCGAUCCUACCCCCAUUUAUCACCUCGAUGCGGAUGGCUCUGUGAGCUCAGGGACACUAGAGGGCCUCGUGGAACGGCUACUUUCAAGCUCUAACCUUGACAAAGAUGUAGAGUUCCGUGACACCCUCCUGACAACUUGCUCCGACUUCUCUUCGCCAGAGGAGUUGAUGACAGUCAUCAUAAGACGAUUCAACGAUGCGAACGUUAGCGUGGAUCUCCAAGUCGAAAAUCGUGGUAUCCAUGCUGAACGCUUAGUGUCAAUACGCUUGAAUGUCAUUGCCGUCGUCAAGUAUUGGACGAAUAGCCAUCACAUGGAACUCACACCCCCGCUGAUAUGGCAGAUCAAGGAGUUUGCGCUGUCCACGUUAUCGUCCAAUACUUUCUCCCAACUGAUGAAGGAAAGAGUCAAAGAGAUUCUGCACAUGGUUGACACUCGCCAGCAACAAACCAACUCGGACUUGCAGAAGACUUCGCCGCUGCUUUCUCCCGGGCGGAAGAUACCUCGAGCCUCUGAAAUGACGCCACAAGAUCUAGCUAUUGCACUGUGUUUGCUUCAGGGCGAUUUGUUUACCAAGAUCACUCCAGGUCAAUGCAUCGCGCAUCUACGCAAGCAGCCUCUAAACAGCGUCGAAACUCUCCAGAACACUGCACGUAAAAUAGCAUUUUGGGUGAAGAAGUCCAUCCUCCGCUCCGACGAAAUCUCGCACCGAGGGCUAGCACUCAAAUUCUUUGUGAACGUUGCUCAGGCAUGCCGUGCGAGGCACGACUAUCUAUCACUGGCUGUCAUAGUCAAGGCCUUGAAGUCGGAUAGUGUAUCGCGUCUACAUUUGACCCAUCAAGAGCUGGGGGCCAAUAUGCAGCACGUUUGGCAAGAGUUAAAAGACUUUGUCGAAGAUGUGAAGGCCUAUCGGACUGCUUUGCGGCAAUGUGUGGAGCAACAAACUCCAUGUAUACCAUGGCUGGGUACGCUAACGCCACCCUUCCCCGUGUUCAUUUUCGUUUACACGCCUGUAGAACUUCAUCUUCAUGACUUAGCCACGGUAUUUGCUCACCAUCCGCAAAUCAAGGAGGAAGAUGGCCGCGUGCUUGUCAACUUCGAGCGAUAUACCAAGUUUACUGAGAAGCUGAAGGAGAUAACACGCUGCAAACCACCAGAUCUGGAGAGUUACCGUGGCCAAGGACAACUCGCCUAUCUGGAGCAUCAACUCCGGAACGUUGAGCAAACCCCUGGCGCCGAGUACGACUUAUCCAACCGCAGUCUUGCGCAAGCAGGGGAGGAGUCUCGAGUCUUCAAACAACGGCGCCGGGAGCUUAACCAACUUGGCUUUAGAUAA